UCGUUUAUAUAUAUAUAUACAUAUAUAUUGUUUUAUAUCAAACGAAACGUAGUCGCAUUUGCUCCCUUCGGUUCAUUCGGUGCCGUGUGACCCGCACUCAUGAGUGCCUUCUUCCUGUGAACAUCGUUCCCUCUCUAUUCCUCUCUAACUCCUCUCUCUCUCUCUCACCCCCUCGUCCCCCUCUGGAUACCUUCUCUCCUCUGUCCUCUCCUGUUCUCUAAUCGGCUUCCUGGAUGGGACACAUUAUCUGCCUGAUUGUAGAUCUCAACGUAGAGAUAUCUAGCGAAACCACAGGAUUUCUGUCAUAAGCUUCUCAGUUCGCAGUUCAUCGUGCGUAAAAGGCCCCAUUUGUCAAUUGAAACGAUCGUGAUCGUUUUCAAAGAACGCGUUACAACGAUGCAAGAAGCGGGAUGACAUCGAUUAAAAUCUUCAUUAACGUUCCUGGUAUCCAGAGAAGAAAAGCCGAAGGAUUUCUGUAGCAGUGAAACAUUUUGAAAAUAAUAAAUAAUAAAAUGUCGCUGGGACAAAGAUUGUCUGGUGCAGUUGCGGUCUUGCGCGGAACUUCCGUACCGCCUGCCAAAGAGAGUCAUACAUCGGAAACUGAGCAGAUCGAGAAGAUGCCGUCCGAGAGCGAGAUUGAAAGCAAAAAGCGAGUUGAGGUCACACCUCUCGAUAGAUUACAGGCGGUGGUUGAUUGGAUGGCUGAAAACAUGCUCCUCGUCUUAACUAUCGUCGCUGUUCUCGUCGGCUUGGGUCUUGGAUUUUUAGGUCGAUUGCUCGAACUAUCACCCCAGUCAAUAAUGCUCGUCAGCUUUCCAGGAGAGAUUCUCAUGCGUCUAUUGAAAAUGUUUGUUCUGCCACUUAUUACUUCGUCCCUAAUAACAGCAAUGGCUCAACUAGAUGUGAGAAGUUCUGGAAGAAUUGGUUUUAGGGCUUUAGCGUAUUACACCGUGACAACUAUACUUGCUGCUAUGGUUGGUAUCGCUAUGGUUUUGUUAAUACAUCCUGGUGACCCAAGAAUCAAAAACAUUAUCGUUUUGCCGUCAUCGGAAGAUACUACAGUUUCAACACUCGAUGCUUUACUGGAUAUCGUCAGAAACAUGGUACCAGAAAAUCUGGUGCAAGCCUGCUUCCAACAGGUUCAAACUUCUUACGUAAAGAAAAAAGUAUUGCUGGUUGGAAGUACGAAUCAGAGUCAUCUUGUUUCGGAACCAAUAUUGGUAUACAAGGAUGGUACAAAUGUCAUGGGUAUGAUUAUAUUUUGUAUAACUUUUGGUGUCAUCGCAGGACAAUUAGGAUCAAAAGGAAAAAUUAUGACUGAUUUCUUUGCCAUUCUCAAUGAAAUCGUCAUGAAGUUCGUCGGUAUUAUUAUUGUCUGGUUCUCACCAUUUGGAAUAAUGUGUUUAAUAGCUGGAAAAAUAAUGUCUAUCGUAAAUCUUGCCGCUACUGCACAAAUGUUAGGAUUGUAUAUGAUUACCGUUAUAUUAGGUUUAUUAAUACACGCAAUAAUUACCUUACCAUUGAUCUUUUGGUUAAUAACACGUAAAAAUCCUGCUGUUUUCUUCGCGGGUAUGAUGCAAGCAUGGGUUACGGCUUUGGGAACUGCAUCAAGUGCUGCAACUUUACCCAUUACAUUCCGAUGUCUCGAACAAAACAACAAAAUUGAUUCACGUAUUACGCGGUUCGUUGUAUCGGUAGGAGCUACCGUAAAUAUGGAUGGUACUGCACUUUAUGAAGCUAUAGCUGCGAUAUUCAUUGCACAGAUGAAUGCACGACCGUUAGGUAUUGGUGAAGUUAUAACAGUCAGUUUAACAGCUACCUUAGCUAGCAUAGGAGCAGCAAGUAUACCAAGUGCUGCAUUGAUUACCAUGUUGUUGGUAUUAACAGCCCUUAAUUUACCUACCGACGAUAUUUCUUUACUUUUUGCUGUAGAUUGGAUAUUAGAUCGAAUUCGAACUUCCAUCAAUGUAUUAGGUGAUGGAUAUGGUGCCGGUAUAGUUUAUCAUUUAAGUAAAGGAGAACUCGAGAAAAUGGACGAAGAAAGAAAGUUGGAAGGACUUGAAACAGGUUCACCGUUAGAAGAUAUAACUGAUAAGUGUCAAGAAGAAAUUGUAUCGGAAGAUCAACAAAUUUCCGAGACGAAAAUUUGAAAAAAAAAAAGACAUCUUUUUCUUUUAAUGAAGAAUUAUGUUUUUUUUUUUUCUCCAAAUAAGUGUUCGUCUAUAUAUUAAAUAUAUAGUAUAUAGGCACUGCUAUAAAAUCGAGAUAUGUACAUUUAUAAUGUACAUAAUUGAUUUUAUUAUAUCUUCCAUCGCUUUCCUUUCCAUUGUUCUAUACAAUAAAAACAUUUUCCGCUAU